AUCAUCAGGCAGAAAAAAUGAACAAAAAAGGCAGAAAAUGAGAGAAAACACGAAAACAUCCAACUCAUUAACAUGUUUGCGGGGAAACAGGGAGAGGGGAGGAAUAUGGAAAAGCAGCUAUCAAAGAGAGACUCCAGCUCCCCAGGACUGACUGAAGCCAUGUACAGGGUCGGCAGGGGUGAGUGUCCAGGCAGGACAUGAAGGAGGGCCAGGCGAGGGCUCCAUCCAAGUGGGGCUUGGGCACUGGGCCUGCACUGGCACACUGGUGGUUCCGGGAGGUGCUGGGCCAUGCGCAGAGCGCUUGGCUUUCCUCCCCAGCUCUGCAGCUCAGCUUCUGAGUUUGGAAGGCCCCGAACACCUCCCUGUCCUCCUCUGCCCUCCUCCCUCUCCUGGGCCUUCUCACCCUUUGCCCACCCUACCUCAGGGCGGGCCCCAAGCAUCCAGCCAGCCAGGGUUGGGAAGAGCUUCCCGGCACCACCCCUGGAGGUACCCACCAGUCCCUGCCUCCCACCCUGCGGUCACGGCGAGCCCCUCGUGACCCUCGGAGACAGAUGUUUCCUGCCCUUGGCGAAGGCUGUGUCAGUGCCCUGGUGAGCCCCAGGCUGUCGCCUCCCCACCAGCCAUGGGCCCCAGCCUGCUCCUGCUGCUGCUGCUGCUCCUGGGACUAGAAGGGUGGGGCUCUGCUGGCAGCCGCCCCGAGGUGCUGCAGGUCCCCGUGGGGGGCUCCAUCCAGGUGCAGUGCCACUAUCGGCUGCAGGAUAUCCGGGCGCGGAAGGUGUGGUGUCGCUUCUCGCCGGAAGGAUGCCAGCCCCUGGUGACCUCGGCAGUGGACCGCAGCGCCCCGGGGAACAGGCGCACGUUCCUCACCGACAUGGGCGGGGGCUUGCUGCAGGUGGAGAUGGUCACGCUGCAAGAGGCCGACGCAGGCGAGUACGGCUGUCUGGUGGAGGGCGCCUUGGGGCCCCACUUGGUGCACACCUUCGCUCUGGAGGUGCUGCCCACGGUUCCUGGCCUGACGGAGGGUGAGGAGGAGGAGGAAGAGACCUUUGGGAUUGGCACCCUGGCUGAGGACCACUUCUCGGACCCCAAAGGCAGCGCCAGCCCUUGGGAGCUCAGCCAGCAUGAGAACAGUGUCCCCUUGGUCUGGGGUGCAGUGCUCCUGCUGGGCCUGCUGGCGGUGGCUGUGGCGCUGUUGGUUGUGGUGGCCAAAAGGAAAGGGAACAGACUUGGAGCUCGUGGCCAGUUCCAGAGCAGCAGAGUCUCGGACCUGGACCCGUCUUCAGCAGCCCACCACGCUGGUGACUCUGGGCUGGCGGCAGCAUCGCCAUGGGACGUGCCGUAUGUGAGGCUUGACUCGCCACCCUCCUUCGACACCACCUACACCAACCUGGCGCUUGAGCCCCUGUCAGGGAAAGCCCCAGCCCCACCCCCACCUCCCCCUCUGCCUCCCAAGGUUGUGCAGUCCCCCAAGCCUGUCACUUACGCCACCGUCGUCUUCCUGGGAGGGGACAAAGGCGGAGGGGCCUCCAGUGAGCUACCCCGGGACCCGCCCAGCAGUCCAAGCCCACUUAGCUGAACUGCUCACCACACUGGACAUCCAGGGGCGUCCUUGGGGCUAUGGGCAUCCACCCAACCCACGAAUGCGUUAGAUCAGUGGUGGCGAACCCAUGGCACGUGUGCCACAGCGGUUGCUUGUAUUAUCGAAAGCUCUCAAAGGUUCACCACCACUGCCCUAGAUCCUUGGAAUACUGGAACAGCCAAGGGCUUCGAGGUGUAAUCCAAUAUCCUGAUUACCAACAGGGAAGGUGAUACUCAGCUCUGACGGAGGUGUGUUGGGGACACCAACCUCCUCUGAGGGGUCCUCUGCAAUGACACACUAGGCGAAAUAAAUCCUAAAUGAUGA